CAAGCUACGCCCUUGCGCAUCUGCAUUCAGCCCUAAAGACUUUAUUCUCCAAGAUGCCAGCUGUCAGCGGAGCUAAUCUUCCUCCUGAGCUGCUAUCCCACAUUCUCAUCCAUGCGGGAGCUGCCGACGUCUGGUCUCGCUCGCUGGACGAACGUCGUCGCUUGAAGCGAGGGCUUCUCGCGCCAAGUCUCGUAUGCAAGCACUGGUCGGAAGUGGUCAGAUCUUAUCUCUUCCGUGAACUUGCAUUUCGCAGCCCGGAUGACGUACGUUUCUUGGUAAACAUCAUCGACAGUCCCCAGUUUCGCGCCUCGUCUCUGUCAAGAGUCAUACAUGAGAUACAGGUCCAUCAGGACGGUUCUGAGACAAAACCGUGGCUUCAUCACAUCCACUUACUCUCCUCUCGGCUCCCGAGAACAAACUUCCUGUAUGUGGCUGCGGAAAAUACAGAUGAUGCAGGUCCUUGGCGUGGACCAUUCCAUUCGUUACCGAGGACGCCUCCAACCUCCAACUUGCAACUCUCGGAGCUCACACUUGACGGGCUGCGACUCCCAAGCAAGACCGCGCUCGCACGAAUCAUUGACACCUUCCCAACACUCGAGCAAUGUUUCUGCUUACGGCUUACCUUCCUCGAUUCGUCACCUGUGACCCAGUCUCGCAGGCCUCGGCGGCGCUUUUCUUCGUCUCUGACUUGGUGCGAAGUAUCGCGCUGCAAGGAGGUGUCCUUUCCUGAUCAAGCAAUGCUUGCCUCAGACAUUCUUGCGGCUUCUGCUCGUCUGAACAUUGACAAUGAUACAUGGAUCACCGCCCUCCAGGCAUUCGUUGCAUUCGCACCUGAAACAUUUGAUAAAGUCACUCUCAACCUUGGUCCCAACGGUGUGCGCAUCGUGCUGGGUAUGGCUGAUGAAAGUAGUAAAGACGCAGCUGGAUGUAUUCGCGUCGAAGUCUACGUAUACAGACCGAGCGUAAGCCCGGGUCUCGCGUCUCCACCUUCACGUAUCAAGAGCAUCACUCUCCGGUUCUGCUACGAUAUUGAAGACGUUGAAUCCCUUCCCUUGGACGGCUUACAUUCAAUCGUGGACCGCCCGCUUGUGGAGAGCCUUUGCGUCGCAUGCUUCUUUGAGGAAGGUCCAGAAUACAAGACUUUUAAAAAGAUCGUGCGCUCUGUCUUGGGUCGCACCCAAUUGACUUGGGCUCUUAACUUACGGAAGCUGCAAUUCAAUCACGCGUAUCUCAAUCUCGACUCCACCACUACAAGUGGAGACAUCCUAUCUGUACCAAUAGCGCAUACUGUCAACGGCAUUCCAAUAACUCUCGAUACUUCUGAACAAGCUGAGUGGCUGCUCUCUGAUCCCGGUGACAGGGAAGACUACCUGCAGGAGCUUCUCACUGCGCGCAAAAGCACUGCGGUUGCAGGCACGAGCCCCGGGAUCGAGUCAUCUGUCACAGGAGGAACACAGGACGCGACCCAACAGACCCAGCAUGUAGCAGAGAUUGGUGGCUUAGGAGACGGGGAGGAACUUCGGGAUGGGACAGUCGGGCAAAACCAGGGGACGGCAGAGGACGGCGGGCGUGGAGACGUGGAGGAUACAGGGACGAAGGACUGGGGCACGCGAGCAUGGGGGCAUGUGAGGUGGAUUGCGCAACCCGUUAAAGCGUUCUACCGGGCGAUCUAUAGAGCUUUGGCAUGGGUGCGUACAAUGGUAUUAUGAACAGGGCUCGAGUAGCUAUGCUUGAUAGCAGCGGGUCUACGCACCAGAAGGAUGGACUG